GACCUGGCAUCCCUGUUUGUUGGUCCGAAACUGGCUCGGAAAGUGGAUUAACAAUUGUCAGGUCCUGCUCUAGGCUCCUUCCAUUAUUGUCAAAACACAAUGAGCAAAACGAUAGAAAUGUACCCGACGAAUUCUGCCUAAUGGAUUAUGAACUACGAAAAGCCGAUUUAGAGCGAAAAGCGAAAGUUUUCUGUAAAUGGACUAAAAUCAAUCAUACAAAGUGAAAUGGAGGUUUGUUUUGCACGAGAUGGGAUACUAGAAACGGAAGAAACAGAAAACAGUUCUGUAGCCUUUUUCUCAUCAUCCGCUCCAACAAUCGAUUCGCCAAUAAAACUCGAAUAUGAGAUUGGUGAUGAGGAAUUCACACAGAAGAGUUACCAUAAAGACGUCUUAGUUCCUGAGAAGAAACAGAUUUACAGUUGCGAAAUUUGCGGGAGACAAUUUUCUUUCAAGAAUGCCCUGAAGAAGCAUAUGAUCGUUCAUACUGAAGACAAACCAUUUCAGUGUAAUGUGUGUGGCAAAGGAUUCCAGUAUUAUCAGAAAUUAAAGGACCACAGCAACAUUCACACUGGUGAACGUCCUUACAGUUGCACUGCAUGCGAAAAAAAAUUUUCGUCUAAAAAGAUGCUUGGUCAACACAUGACUAUUCACGCAAGUCAACUCUCGUACAAAUGCAUUGUAUGCGGGAAAGAAUUUGCCAUGAAGGCUUACUUAACUAGACACAUGUCUAUCCACCAAAGUUUGUACAAAUAUAAAUGCGAAGUGUGUGGCAUAGGCUUUAAUAAUGCUGCUAACCUUACGAACCACAAACGCCUUCAUACGAACGAAAAGUUUAAAUGCACCAUUUGCCAGAAAGAUUAUUCCAAUAAGUAUUAUCUCAGCAGACACAUGAAAAUUCACGUGGAAGGUUACAAGUAUAAGUGUGAUGUGUGUGGCAAAGGAUACACCUCCAAAUCAGUUUUGAAAGACCACGAAAAUAGUCACACAGGUGAACGGCCUUACAAAUGCACUGUCUGUGGAAAAGACUUUCAUCGUAAAACAAAACUUUCUAUACACAUGAAAUUUCACACAAGCGAGCAAUCGUACAAAUGCACCAUAUGUGGGAAGGAUUUCGCCUUCAUGGCUAAUCUAUCUCAACACAUGCUUCUUCACACGAAUGAUUAUAAGCAUGAGUGUGACGUGUGUGGCAAAGGAUUUGUGACCAGAGCACUCUUGGAAGAUCACAAACGCCUUCAUACAGGAGAACGACCGUUCAAAUGCACCGUAUGUGGAAAAGAUGUCAUUACUCGGUAUUUGCUAUCCAGACACAUGCUUCUUCACACGAAUGAUUAUAAGCAUAAGUGUUACGUUUGUGGUAAAGGAUUUAUGACCAAAACACGCUUGCAAGAUCAUGAACACCUUCAUACAGGAGAGCGACCGUACAAAUGCACUGUAUGUGGGAAAGCUUUCGCGUCUAAGACUUACCUAUCCAGACACAGGUUUAUUCACGGAAGAGAUCAUAGGUACAAGUGUGAAGUGUGUGGCAAAGGCUUUCAUGAGAGUACUAACCUCGCGAGACACAUACACAUUCAUACUAACGAGAUUCAUGUGAAUAGUAACGAGAAUAAGUAUGAAGUGCGCGGCGAAGAAUUAAACUCCAAAUCACUUUUGGAAGACCACGAAAAUAGUCACGCAGGAGAACGGCCUUACAAAUGCACUGUAUGCGGAAAAGAUUUCGUCGUUUUGGCUUACCUAACAAAACACAUGCUUACUCACACGGAUGAUUACAAUCAUAAGUGUGACGUUUGUGGUAAAGAAUUUGUGACCAGAAAACGAUUGACAGAUCAUGAACGCCUUCAUACAGGAGAACGACCGUUCAAAUGUACUGAAUGUGGAAAAGAUUUCGCGACUAAGACUUACCUAUCCAGACACAGGUCUAUUCACGAAAGGGAUUACAAGUACAGGUGUGAAGUGUGUGGUAAAGGCAUGAACGAUAGUUCUGGCUUCGCAAAACACAAAAGCCUUCAUACGGACGAGAAGUAAAUUUAUCAUAUGCGGAAAAGAUUUUAGCUCUAAGAUUGGCCAAGGAUUCACAAAAGCAAAGGUAGUUUGGAAACGCUUAUUGAUGAACUCCAUUCACUAUAAUGAUUAACAUCCAACGAGAUCACAUUGAACGGUGUUCGGAUAUUACGAACCAACUACAUCAUUUCAUUUCAGUAAACCGUCCCACAAAUUUGGCCAAACAGUACUGCGAUCUAUAAUUUUAUGACAUUACUGAUAUGAAUUAAUAAGAUGAAUAAAUUUAAUAAAUAGGUAAACAAAUUUGCUUAAAAAAUUUAAAUUGAAAA